ACCCCUGGAUUGAUUAUCUAAACCGUACUGAAAACAAUGCAUUUCUGGGGCAUGCAUGUGAUUUCUGCUGAUAUAGACUCAAGCCUCUUGCAGGAGGACAUCGGGUCACACCGUGGCAGACAUUGUCUCUGGUGAGACGCGGCAAGAUGGCAGGGCAACUGUUGAUCGGCUGUGUGGUUCUGCACGUCGUCGUUCUCGUGGCACAUUGUGAUUUUCCCUUCAGGAAUAUUUCUUUGUCAUGGGAGGAGCGGGUGAACGACCUAGUAGGCAGGCUCACACUGGAUGAGAUUGUCCCACAGAUGGCGAGAACUCAGCCCGCACCAGCUAUAGAUCGGUUAGGCAUCAAAGCGCACGAUUGGGACACGGAAUGUUUGCGGGGUGAUGUCAGCAGUGGUGAUGCUACGUCAUUUCCACAGGCCCUUGGUCUAGCGGCAACUUUCAGCCCCAGCAUUAUUUUCCGUGUCGCCGAAGCCACAUCCGUAGAAGUGCGAGCCAAGUACAACAACUACACUAAGUACGACGUACACGGUUAUCACAAGGGCAUCAGCUGUUUUAGUCCCGUUAUCAACAUCAUGAGGCAUCCUUUAUGGGGAAGAAACCAGGAAACGUACGGCGAGGACCCAUUCAUGAACGGUCUGUACGCUCAGCAUUUCGUGGCCGGCUUACAAGGAGAUCACCCACGUUACGUCAGGGCAAGCGCCGGAUGUAAACAUUUUGACGUCCACGGUGGUCCGGACAGUUAUCCUGUAUCCAGAUCUUCGUUUGAUGCCAAGGUGGCGACCCGUGACUGGCGGUUGACGUUUCUUCCGGCAUUCCGAAUGUGUGUUGAAGCUGGAACCUAUAGCGUAAUGUGCAGCUAUAACAGGAUCAAUGGAGUUCCAGCGUGCGCGAACAAAAAGUUACUGACAGAUGUGCUGCGUGGCGAAUGGGGAUUCACGGGUUACGUUGUCAGUGACGAAGCCGCGAUAGAGAACAUCGUUUAUGCUCAUCAUUACCUCAACACCAGUGUGCAAACUGUGGCCGCCUGUCUUAAUGCGGGAUGCAAUUUGGAGCUUGCUCCUGCAAAAAAUGAGGAUAGAGACUUUUUCAUGGAUAUGGCCCAAGCUGUUCAAGAUGGAAGUCUCACAAUGGACACGGUCAUAGAGAGGGUGAAACCUCUGUUCUACACCAGACUGAGGCAGGGAGAGUUUGACCCACCGGAAAUGAACCCCUAUAACAGAAUCAACCUAACGGUCAUCGAGAGUGAACCUCAUAUAACUCUGGCCAGGGAGGCAGCGGUCAAGUCAUUUGUCCUUCUGAAGAACAACAACAACUUUUUACCGAUAAACACUCCGAGCCAAUAUGAAAAAGUUGCGAUCGUUGGACCGAUGUCAGACAACCCCAGCCAGCUUUUCGGGGAUUACGCCCCAAAUAAUCCACCGGGCUAUACAAUUACCCCGUUCCAUGGACUUCAGUCCAUCUGGCCUACCAUCAGCAUGGCCAGCGGCUGUUCGGCCACCGCGUGUACGGAUUAUAACAGCGGUGAUGUGGAGAAGGCGAUCAACGGAUCCAACAUCGUCUUCGUGUGUUUGGGAACAGGCCAGUCUCUUGAGGCUGAAGGACAUGACAGGAUGAACAUGGAUCUUCCAGGAUCUCAGCUUCAGCUUUUACAAGAUGCUGUAAAGUACGCGAAUGGCGCCCCGGUGGUUCUGCUCAUGUUUAACGCCGGACCUCUUGACAUCGCCUGGGCAGACCAGAACGAGGCCGUUAGCUCCAUCCUUGCCUGUUUCUUUCCGGCUCAGGAGACCGGAAAUGCUCUACAGCAGGUGCUUCUGGGAGAUGAAAGUCCAGCUGGCAGACUUCCAUACACGUGGUACCGCUCAGCCGAUCAGAUUCCUGAAAUAACAAAUUACACAAUGGCAGAGCGUACCUACCGUUACUUUACCGGAGACCCCCUAUACCCGUUCGGCUAUGGCCUAUCCUAUACCAACUUCACCUACACGGAUAUCACUAUCGGGAGUUCAUCAAUACAGGCUGGUGAGCCUCAAACCGUGUCUGUAACCCUCCACAACUCGGGAGCCGCCAUCAGUGAUGAGGUGGUGCAGGUGUACAUAUCCUGGGUAAGCCCGAGUACCACGAUGCCACAGUUACAACUGGUCGGCUACGAUCGUCUGCGACAGAUCGGUCCGGUGGUGACGUCACUAACUGUCAAGUUUGUGAUUGAUCCCCGCCAGAUGGCGCAGUGGGACGAUUCUAAAGAGCAAUUUUUCAUUGAGUCAGGAGAGAUUCGUGUGUACGCCGGAGGUCAGCAGCCGAACCAGAAGAGAUCCGUUGCCUCCAAUGUCCUACAGGGAAGCUUCCAGGUCACAGGACAGAAGUUCAUGGGCAGAUUCUAG